AUGAGCAUCUCCUCCUUGAUCCUAUCUUCAUGGAAUGAGUGUCUCCUUCCUAUUGGCUCCUUCCUCAAGCUGGUCUUGAUACGGGGUAUCACACCACCACCUUCAUGGGAUAGUCCUCCAAGACCAUCCUCUUUGAAGACCAAGAAGAAACUUCUUCCUCACCUUGAAGCAGCCGACCUGGAGACGUCUAGCCAAGCCGCAUCAUACCAAGAAGAGCACUUUCUAGCCACACGAGAAGAGGAGAUUGACCUAGAGCUAAUCAAGUUCGUGAAGAGAGAUCAAUUCCAUGAUCUGUUUUCAGAGUAUGCACUGGAGCACAUAGAUCACUUUGACAAUCUUUGUGAUUCCUAUAGAGUUUUUGACUUUGAGAAGAAGAUGAUGCUAUUCAGCACAUCACUAGCUGGACGAGCACUAGAUUGGGCGCAGCAUGAACCACCCUCUACAAUCGAGUCAUGGAUCGAUUUUAGAGAUGCUUUCUUGGAGAGAUUUGCAAAGAAGACACCUUUCAAAUCCAAGUACCACCACUACUCUCAUCAGCUGGAGAGAGAGCGUGACGAAGAAGAAUGGGGAGGCAUACCACCCCAUCCUGAAGUUUUGAAUGAAGAGUUAAUCAAGCAUGUGGAGAGGAAUCCUUUCUACAAUUCUAUUUCAGAGUGUGCAAAGGAGCAUCUAUGCAACUUUGAUGAAAUUAACACAAAUUGA